CUACGAGUCUGCUAAAGCUAAUAAGGGCAAUGAGAAUGGUAUACACGAAAAGCGCAACUCGAAACCUUUUUUGAUUCCAUAUCGAACGGGAUCUAAGUUGGGAUCCUAGCUUCAUCUCUUCUCUUGAUGAGACGAUACCCCAGACAACAGCAGAAAACAGUUCAAUGGUCUCUCUCAAAUCGUUCACACGUACGCUCGGAAAAUAUGCAGCGCCGUGUAGGUCAGCUACUCUUCUUGUCCCAUGCCCCAGGUACCUAUGCUUUCCACCGGGACUUCCUCCAUAAGCAGAAGGCCUCUGCAAUUGUUUCCUAGUAGUCCUCAAACUUCAGAACAGGAGUCGGCAGUAUCAGCAAUCAUUUGCGAACGCAAGAACCAAUCCACGAGAAUGCCUCUCAUCAGUCCAAACCACCAGCUCAGCCCUGUCUCAAGUUCCUUUCCGGCCACCAUGCAGAUAUCUCUACCAUAUAAAGGUCCUUGCGGGAACUUCUCAAUUAUUCCGCACGGAGUGUCUUCCUGUCAUCCUCGCGAUUCAGCCACUGCUCCCAACCUAACCCUAACCCUAACUUCACUCGCUAGCUAGAGAUCUGCCAGCCUACUCCUAGGCAACUAGUUUGCUAGCUAUUCACC